CUGACGUCAUCACACGGAAGUAACACGCAGGUCUGCCGAUCGUGAUCGGAGCACUUUUCGGGAAUAGUUUUCUACUUAGUAGACCCGAAACUUUCCAGACAGCUCAUCAAAGGCAAUACAAGUGAGGGUCAGCAUGGGACAAGGACAUUCUAAGACCGAGCCACAGGACCGGUCAGAGAGGCCGAGAAGCUUAAGACGAUGGUCAGUUCGCCACCACUUCGGGCGCCCUAGGACCUCACAUCCGGAAGCCGGUUCAACCGAGGGCACGCCAACUGCCGAAGGUGCCGUUGGCGGAAGUGACGUCACAUUGGACAACCCUGACCUUCAACAAACACAGAAAGAACAGAAAACCCAAAGUACGGAAACCUGUAAGGAAGAAGUCGACAAAGAGGAACCGGUGAUGACCUUGCAGCUCCGAGAUGAUGAAACUCCUGCUGGUGACCUUGAUGACAAGAUCAGUGAAGUUGUUCCGGACCAAGCAGCACUUCUCGUAGAUAAACAAGAAGAUACCAGCAUCAUGGCGUUUCGGACACAACAGGAAGGCAGCAACAACAGAACCUACAAUAUCGGUCCACAAUCGACAGUACACAUCUAUGAAGGGCCGACAACCGUGGAAGAAAGGGACGAGUUGAAUAAACCUUUCCCACUCGAAGAGUGUCAGAACGCGCUUAAAUUGCACUAUGAACAAGAAAUGGGCCAGUUGCAUCCAUUGGCUUGGAACGAAGAUUUCAUGAUGAAGACGGACGACAUUUUCACCGACGUGGAUCUUCUGCUACAGAGUCCCCACGGCGGAAAAGUUGACCGCAAACCCCUUCCUUCGGUGACAGAAGCUCUGGCGGCCAGAUCAGACUGCCUCCCCCGGCGAGUUUUAAUCGAAGGGCAGCCUGGCGUCGGUAAAACCACCACACUGUUCAAACUGGUUGUCGACUGGGCUAAAGGCAAUAACAAAGCCUUGUCAGGGUUCGAUCUCGUUUUCUGCGUAGCGCUAAGAAAAGUCGCGGAGUCCCAGUCGUUCUUUGACUGCAUCUUUGACCAGCUGUUGCCUGAAGAUUCGUCAUUCGAUGAAGACAGCCUUAAGCAGUAUCUACAAGCAAAUAAGAACGUUCUGAUUGUCCUCGAUGGCUACGAUGAAUGGGAGCCAACAGAAUCCCACGACAUCAGCAAAGUUCUGAGCGGUAAGCUAUUUCGUGACUGUUGUGUCAUCGUGUCCACCCGACCAUCGCGGACGUCUGACCUGCUGAAGGCAAUGCGUCCGGACACCCGCCUCGAGAUUAACGGUUUCCAUCCCGACAAUGUGAGCACUUACGUUCGCAAAUACUUCGGCGACAACGGCCCGAAAGCAAGGAGAUUACUUGAGAAACUCGAGAGCAACUUCCUCAGUACAGGGAUCACGUUAACGCCGAUGUUUCUGCUUCUCAUCUGCAUAUUGUGGGAGGAGAGGGAUGACUUACUACUGAGUGACCGCAUGUGCCCCUUGUACGAUCAACUCAUUCUCUACCUUAUCAAAAGGUUCUGUGUGAGAGAGAAUAUUCCCUUUGUUGAUGAAAAGUUGCCACCAAAUAUCAACGCAGCGGUUUUGUUCCUUGAAAAGCUUGCAUUCGACGGUUUGAUGCGUGGUAAGCUUGUAUUUGAAGAAGAUGAGGUUACUCAAGAAGGCAAAGAUGUCUCUACAACUCUGACCAAACUAGGUCUCCUGCACAAGCAACCCAGUCCUUCCAAGUUACGACCCUCGCCCCAGUACUCUUUCUCUCACAAAACAAUGCAAGAGUACUUCGCUGGGCGAUAUAUUGCAUCCUAUAUAACAGCUCAGAACGACUCGACUGGAAGAGCGUUAUUGGAGGGAAACUUUGACACCGUUCGUAAGGUGAGAGAGAUGGACAAUUUGCUCAUCUUUGCAUGUGGGAAGCUGGGAAGAAAGGCAGCCGUCAUCUUCCAAUACCUGGCUGACCUUCACCAGAAGGAUCUUAAACCUCUCCAGGACGCUUUCUACACCUUCUAUGACCGCGGAGUCCUGAAUAAGGACUGGAGGAGGAAUACAGAGGGGGACAGCCUUGCUAGUAGAGAAGAUUAUAUGAGCUUCCAUAUGACAGGUCUCUUUACUGACACCCCAGGCGUUCUCUUUGUCUACCAGACCUACCUGGAGACAACUCUGUUAUGUUACUACGAGUGGGGACAAAUGGAUGGGUUUAUUGACAGCUUUAUACGAAGAAGAGUCAUACAGUUCUCAAGUUCAAGCCCGCGCUUAUGUAGUGCUCUUGCACAACUGAUGAAAUGUGACAAACUCUCUCAGGUGCAGCAUGAUGUACCCUCUGGUGUGACAAAAACACCCGACAACGCUUCCAAAUCAGAAGAAGGACCCUCACAAGAACCUGACAUAACCCUUCGACUUGCGCAUACCAGAAGGUUCUGCCUUGGUCCCCUCCUAGAUACGUUGGGGGCUUGCUCAUCUAUCGUUGAGUUAAAUCUUCGACAGUCUUGUCUGGGCAUGUACGGUCCGACCCUCACUAAGCCAAGUCUUCAGCUAUCCCGGCAGCUUCCAAACUUAAAACGUCUGAGGAAGUUGGUUUUGUCCUGGAACGAUCUGCAGCCAGAGGAUGCUCGACUGAUCCUCCCUGCCCUGAAGUCUUUGAAGGUACUUGAGGAACUGUAUCUGUCGGGGAAUGACCUUUCCGGAACCAGUGACGUCUUCUGCAGCAUACUGCCGUUUCUGUCCGAACUGAAGAUUCUGAAGGUCUAUGAUUGUGGGAUGACAUCAGAGGAAAUUCACCACAUCGGUCGUGCCCUAAUGGAGCAUUGCAAAAAGAUGCGCCAGUUGGACUUUGACGAGAACCGCAUAGACUUUGGGGAAUGGCAAAAUAUUCUCAAGACUCUGACAUUCUCUACAGCUCGAGAGAUGGCAACAGAUCUAGAGCAAAGACAAGAAGAACAGAACUCCAACGGUAACCAAUCAGCACAAACACCUAUUACAGGCUUACGAUCUAGAGUUAGGAAAAUGCACCCGUCACUGUUUAAAAAGUUGGGCAUAUCAAAUUAAUGCAGCAUCCAUGUCAUAGCAGCAGUCCAUGAAAGAAAGAACCUUUCCAUUUUUCUAUAGCAAGGCUUACCUAAAGCAAGGAGGUUGAAGAGACAAUCUACAGUGAUUGCAGUACUGUAUAUGCUACCAGCAACCUCUAGCAGAAUACAAGCAAACUGCAUAUGCACUGCCAUAUAAUCCAAUAUUUCUAUGUAUACCGUUUGUCAUAUUUUGUUCCGAGAUCAUGCAUGUUGUCCGAGCCUGGAAGCGUUUUUCCUUACAGAUGUAGGACUAUUGGUACUGCCAAUAAAUGUGCCAUUGACAUAUCUGGGCACCAGUGGAAGUUAUAAGUAUGUGCAAGGUAGGUUUAAUUAUCAGUAGCUAGUCCACUGUGCAAUGAAGCUUAUCCAAAUAUGACUAUUUGUUCAGUUAUAAGAAACAUGAUAUUACAUAUAUUGUUUUCUCAUAACACCCCUUAUGAUGAGCCGGUUGAUGCGGGACAGUGAUAAAGUUAUCCAGAUAUUUCAACUUUGGUUACAAUGUUAAUGUUUUUCUACUGUCAGCAAUUGGUCUAUUAUCUAUACUUAAUCUUUAGAUUUUUAAAGGAAUUUCUUCAGCAUCCUGAGACUGCUAAUCUUUUAAUACCAUCUUUACUUGUUUGUAUACCUCAAAGUUCUCUAACUCCUCAUUAGCAUAACCCAUCCAUCAUAGGGUUAACAAAGCAGUUGACAGGGGCACCUGCCAGCUUAAACAGUCUAGUGGGGGAACCAGUGGGGGGCAAAACUGCUGGUCAUUCUGAUGACAUGGGCUGAGGCCAUAUCAAUGUCAUUCAUUGGUUAUUAUAUUUUUUGCAUGAUCAACAUAGAAUAAGAGAAUGGCUGGGAAGUUACCUCCAGAGAAGCUAACAAAAAUAGUUACAACGUUAUCAGUCUUUUAUUUUUAUUUUUCACACAUAGAUUGACAAUGUGCAAAUAUCACUAAUAUAUCUGGUAUGAAAAUUGUUGAUGUGAAGCUUGCUUGUCCAAAACUGCUCACUUUUGCAUGUAUUGUACACUACUGUAUUCAAAGUCUGAUUGAUAAUGAAGCAUAGUAUGAAUUGUGACAAUAUCUGGCUUGAUAUUCCUUGUUUGAGAUUUUAAUGAACCAUCCUUUGGUAACAACACAAACUGAAAUGAGUG